AUGGCAAGCCUUCGCAAGUGUGGCGUUCUCCUUCUUUUAGGGGUGUUGGCCUUGGCUUCAGGAACGGACGCUGCUCCGUCCCAGGCGCGAAAUGCGGCUGCUUGUGGAAGCCCCAUCGUCCGUAAGGAGUGGCGCACUCUUAGCAAUGACGAAAAGCUUGAGUAUAUUGACGCGGUGCAAUGCUUCUUGACGAAGCCUCCAAUCACCCCAAAAGCAGACGCGCCCGGCGUCCGCUCUCGCUUUGAAGAUCUCGUAGCGACACAUAUCAACCAGGGUCAUUUUCUGGCUUGGCACCGAUGGUUCACCGCAACAUACGAGCAGGGUCUUCGCAACGAGUGCGGCUACACGGGAGCCCAGCCGUACUGGGACUGGACUUUGGACGUAACGUCGGAAACAAACUUCCUCAAUUCGCCCGUCUUUGAUCCUGUAUAUGGCUUUGGAGGCAAUGGAUUGCUGAUUCCAGUCAACGUGUCUGAUCCGCUUUCCGUGCCAGGCCGCACCGGCGGAGGUUGUAUUCAAGAUGGCCCGUUUGCAAACUUGACAGUCAACUUGGGACCUUCGAGCGAUCUUAGCGGCAAUCCGCGGUGCCUCGCCCGCGACUUCAGUCCGUAUUUUGCCGGGCGGUACCUUGGGAUGAACCAGACCCAAUUGACCCUGGCCCAGACAGACUUUGGCUGGUUUGACAGGGUCGUGGAAGGCGGUCCAUCGUUUGAUGCAUCCGGCGUUCACGGAGGUGGCCACUACGGUGUUGGUGGGACGUACGGUCAGAUGGGAGAUCUAUACGCAAGCCCUUCGGAUCCCAUUUUCUACAUGCACCACGGCAACCUCGACCGCGUGUGGUGGUCAUGGCAGGCGAUGGACCUUGAUGCGCGACUGACGGACAUAUCUGGUCCCAUCUAUCUCAUGGACUACGACAACGCGCAGGGAGGGAACGUCACCUUGGACUUCCCGAUGACGUUGGGCGUGAACGCGGAGAACGUGACGGUCGGAGACGUGAUGGACAUCAAGGGCGGAGUCCUCUGUUACGAGUACGACCAGCUCUAUGGAGCCAAGACGUUAGUUUGA